AUGCCAGGAAUCGUCGCAGGGAAAACUUACACUCAGUCUGAUGUCGAGAACGGCAUUCAACAGGCUGAGGGCGGCGGCGGGGGGAACUACCCCCACCAGUACCACGAUUAUGAGGGCUUCACGUUCCCUUCUUGCUCUGGAGAGUUCUUUGAAUACCCUCUGGAGCACAGCUCGGUCUACACUGGCGGCAGCCCUGGUGCGAACCGUGUCAUCUACGAUGAGGACGGCGACUUCUGUGCAUGCUUGACGCACACUGGUGCAUCCUCCAACGAUGGUUUCGUCGAAUGCGACUUCUGA